UGACAGUUGAGAGACAUGGCGUGUUUAGUAGCUCGUAGCAGCAUAUGGACAACAAUGUUAUCUAUGACUCGACCAACGAAACCGCGCUUGUCGGCCUCUUGUCUGUUUCUAAUUAUCUGUUUAACGUCGCUGCCAGUGUCGGCCAAGCGGGACAGUCUCAAAGAAGUGACUGACGGGAACUGGGAGGACAUUCUGACCGGAGAAUGGAUGAUUGAAUUUUACGCACCCUGGUGUCCAGCCUGCCAGCAGCUGCAGCCGGUGUGGAAGGAGUUUGCCGAUUGGGGGGACGACAUGGGUGUCAACAUAGCCAAGGUGGACGUGACCGAGCAGCCUGGUCUGAGCGGCAGAUUCAUCAUCACUUCACUUCCUACUAUUUACCACUGUAAAGACGGUAUCUUCAGGAAGUAUCAGGGAGCUCGCACUAAAGAAGACUUUCUCAGCUUCGUUGAUGAGCAGAAAUGGAAAUCAGUGGAGCCUGUUUCCUCUUGGUUUGGGCCGUCUUCAUUUUUAAUGAAUUCAAUGUCUGCUUUGUUCAAGCUUUCCAUGUUUAUCCGGCGUUGUCAUAAUUACAUGACGGAGCAGUUGGGGAUUCCUGUGUGGGGCUCCUAUGUGAUCUUUGGUUUGGCCACUCUGUUCUCUGGCCUUGCUCUGGGUCUGCUACUGGUGUUCAUCGCAGAUUUUGUCUUCCCCUCACGGAGAUUUUCUUCUCCUGACUACUAUCAAAAGAAACAGACGAUGGAGCAGGCGAGGUUAAUUCAACAGCAGGAAGAUGAGCAUGAAGCUGAUGGUGAGGAAGAGGAGGACGAAGAGGAGGAUGAUGACAGGGACCAGGAUGAUGUCUGGAGGAGGAGGAGGAGAGGAUCCCCCGAGGGUCGCCCAGAACCAAAGGGACAGGGUCUGUCAGAUGAAGCUCUGAGGAAGAGGGUGGUGGGCAAACGGGAGGUGGAGGAGGAGGAGGAAGAGGAAGAGCACACCUAGACCUGAGCUCCACCCUUGCCCCAUCAGAGGAGGAGCCCCAAGGAGUCAGAGGUGUGGGAGGAGCUUUGGUCCUGAGUGGCAGCAUUUAUAGCAGGGAGUCCUAAACCACACCCCCAGCCCCUCCCACAAAGCCCCUCUUGGCCUUUUUCCCCUCCUCCUUCCCUCCUUCCUGUCCUUGUUUUUCAACAGGAGCGCUUUAGACUCUGAGCAUCAGUCUCCACCUGGAAAAGCAAAAACACGGACACUUGCUUUCACCUGUGGAGACAGAUCAGCUGUGCUUUAGGUAUGAAGGGCCGAACAGUUGGAGUUUGCAAUGUUGUUUAUGCUAUGCAUCGUUUUUCAGAGUACGUUUGUGUCCUAAUGGUUAUCUCUGAACUCUUCUACCAGGCUUGGGUUCUGAAGUUACAAUUAAAUUUUCCACCUGUUUCUACAUAUUUUAUCUUACAUUUGUUUAACAAAUCCCUACAGUUGAAUGUGUAUUAGAGGUGGCCCCAUGUGUUUUUUUUUUUUUUCUGCCCUGAUUCAUAGUAAAGGAAGAGACCAAUUACUGAUAUUUGGAACGGUUGAAAAGUGAAAAUGAAAGUCAAUUACAUUUAGAAGAAUUCCAAGCAUUGGCUGAAAUUGGCAGUGAUAUUAUUAUUGGGUGUCUUUUUUUUUUUUUUUUUUUUUACUGUUUUAGUUCAAAUUUUAUUGAUUAAUCACUUUGAGUUUGAAGAAAAUUCAGAUUUAUUUAGUUAUUUAUUACUUGGGCUUUGGUGUUUAGUCCAGCAGUUUCUAUUGAAGUGAAAGAGUUCAGACACAUCUUUCCAGUGUCAAUUCUAUAAAUAAUGAAUAGGUCGAUCCCUAACCUUUACAUUACCACCAUUCCAUUCAGACACAGCAGCAAAAUGGUAACAUGGGACUAGGCCUGUGAUAACAUAUGGGUAUAUCACCAGGGACAAACACAUUUCAAUAUUUUAUUGCUCCUUUUAAGCCAAACAUGUUGUAACUGCAGCCUGUGACACGUUUCCAGUGUUGUUGGUUAUUUGGUUGUCUGUGCGAAGGUCACAGUAGUUUAAAUCUACAGUCAUGGUUUUCCUCAGUCUGUGUGGAGUGUACAGGAUUCAUCAUCUUGGGGGGGGCUGGGGGCUUUUUAUGGCAUUUGUGCUUUUUACUGACCAGGCUGCACUAGACAUGACUCAAAGACAAUUAAAGCCACAGUGAACAGCAGGCCUGGUCAGUGUAGAUCAGACAGAAAUGGGGGGCGUUAGUCUCAGUUAGUCAUCACAAUGUAUAAGUAUCAAUAUCAACCAGCAUGUUAUGUCAGUAACACAUUUCCGUGCCCCCUCCCUCCUGCUCCCCUCAGUUAAGGUCUGUCACAGUACUUAUGGAGACCCCCCCCCCCCCCAAAAAAAAAGGGGGGAGGGGGUCGGAAGGCUCACGAUGAGGGGGCGUUUGUUCAAGAAAAAGGUUGACAAACAAUGGUGUAGAUAGACGCCCCUGAUGUCUGUGACACCACUGAUAAACGGAUCAUGUUUACUUGUCAAUUUCUGAUUAUUAGAGAUGUUUACUUCAUUAGUGCAUGUGUGGCACUAGGGCUGGGUCACGCUCACAUAUUUUCUUGACAGUAUAGUAAUACAGAAAUAAUCUAAGCCUGUUUACUUUAGCGAUGAUACUGAUGUUUAAAACAAUGAUUUGCUAAUAACUGAUAGGGAUUAUAUUUCUUGUUUCAUUUAUUCCUGCUUUUGUGCCAGGGAAAAAAAUAAAUUAUGGUGGGAAAUAUAUGGAAUUCAUGCUAUUAAUGAAGUUUUUGACUAUUAGACCACUGUUUCCUCUGGAAACCCUUUUUUUUGGGGUCAAAUCUGGUGUGUUAAACCUUUAACUCAGCUGACUGUUAAGUUGACUGAUCCUCCAUCUUCCUUGAUAAACAAUAACAGUGUACCCUCCUCCUUCUACUCUGUUUAUUAGAAACAUAUCCUACAGUGCCACCCUAUGAUGCAGCUUUGGUUGAUUUUUUUUUUUUUUUUUUUUAACUCCAAACCAGUUUAUGGAAACACACAUAAUUUACAUUUAUUUGAACUUUUUGUUUCAAAUUCACAACAAAUUUUGUGUAGUUACUGUGUUUGAACUAAAUGGUACAUGUUUCUGUUUCUUUAGUUCUGUGUUUUAACACUGGCAUUUUAUUGUCCAGGCAGCCUCAAAAGUUAAAAAAAAAAAAACAAAAAAAAACAAACAAAACUUUGACUUUAAGUCAUUGAAAUUGUUAAUUUUUCAAUAUUCUAUACUAACAGUUCAGUUGGUGCCAUGAAAAUAUGGAAGUUGUGUACCCAGCCCUUCACUGUAUGUAUCAGAGACGGGGUGGGUGGGGCUUAAGGACCUUUUUUAGUACAUGGUUGGACUUGGUCCUGUUUUGGAGGACACUAAGAGAACAUGAAUACAGUCCAACAAAAUGAUACAGCCCAAUGUAAGCAAUUUUAACUCCCAUUUUCAGUCGUAGUAUGUUAAUUUGCCUGAAUACGGUAAGUUUCUCACACAGACACACACACACACGCACACACACACAGGGCCACCUUUAUACAGACUAUAUUGAUGCCAUUUUGAGCAAAUGGAGCCUGUAUGUGUUUAUCUAUUAAGUCCAAAAGGAACUGUGUGUGAGACCAGUGUUUUUAAUCCACAUUUCACAUGGUUUUCACCAUGCUUAUGACUUGCAUUGACUUUGGUUUUUAUGCUGCUUUUUAUCCCAAAAAGCUGUUGAUGACUUAUUUCAGUGAUGGUUUAAAGGAGACCAUUAUUUAUGGCUUGUAGCAUUUACACUUUACUCUGAGACAUGUCCUCCUUAUUGUUUGAACAUUUCUUUCAAUAAAGGGUUAAAUAUCA